AUGUCCGCAGACUACGCAGAUCCAUCAACGACCAUCACACUUUCCUCCGUCCCCUUCGACUCGAUCAGCUCCAUCCGAUGGUCGCCCACUUCCCCCGACCAGAUGCUCGUAUCUAGUUGGGAUACCACGGUGCGAUUAUACGACAUCGGCGACGUACCCUACACAAACGGCGGACGACCCUCCGAACAACGCGUCAAGUUCGACCACCGCGCGCCCGUGCUCGCGUGUGCGUGGGGGGAGGGAGGGAGUACCGGCAAGGCGUACAGCGGGGGAUUGGAUACCGGUGUCCGAGAGCUGGACCUGGAAAAAGAAUCGAUGACGCAUUUGGGCACGCACGGCGAUAGCAUCAGCUCGAUGGUCUGGUCGAAAGAAACCAACAACCUAAUUACCGGUUCGUGGGACCGCACACUCCGAUUCUGGGAUCCACGCGCCUCUUCUUCUUCCACCAACGCACCCACAUCCCCCACCUCCUCGUCGCCCUCCAACGCACCCUUCGAAAACUCCCAACACAGCGUCCCCGAGCGAAUUUACGCGAUGGAUAUAGUGAACACGAACCUGGUGGUGGCGAUGGCGAGCAGGCUGUUCCAUAUUUAUGAUGUGAGGAAUAUGAGCAAGCCGAUGCAGGAGAGGGAGAGUAGUUUGAAGUACAUGACCCGGAGUUUGGCGUGUAUGCUUGAUGGGCAGGGCUACGCAACAGCCUCAGUCGAAGGCCGCAUCGCCGUCGAAUACUUUGAUCCCUCGCCCGAAGUCCAAGAAAAGAAGUACGCCUUCAAGUGUCACCGGCAGACGGUCAAAGAGGUGGACCCGGCGAGUGGGAAGGAGCAAGAGGUGGACCAUGUGUGGCCUGUUAAUGGUUUGGCGUUUUGUCCGAGGUACAACACAUUUGCCUCUGCAGGUUCAGACGGCACAGUCAGCAUCUGGGACUUCAAAGUCAAGAAACGACUCCGCCAGUAUCCUAAAUUCCCGAACCCGGUUUCGGCUAUUGGGUUUAGUUGUGAUGGGGGGAAGUUGGCUAUUGUUUGGGGUUUUGGGUUUUGGAUGCGGGGAGGUUUUGGUGUGGGGUGCGGGGAGGGUUGGAGGGGUUGGUGGAGGCGGGAUCUGGGGGAGGUGGGGCACACCCGUUUGGCGCCUCUGUCGCUCUCUUUGGUUAUCCUCUGCGCCUGA